AUGCUGCCCUUCUGCCCUCUCCAGGGCGCCCUCUCCGACUCGUCAGCCUCCCAGUCGCUGCUGGAGCUCGACGGCGGCGUCAAGAUCCUGAUCGAUGUCGGCUGGGACGAGACCUUUGACGUCGAAAAGCUCAAGGAGCUCGGCAAACAAGCUCCCACUCUGUCCCUGAUCCUCCUCACCCACGCCACCGUCCCCCAUCUGGCCGCCUACGCCCACUGCUGCAAGCACUUCCCACCCUUCCAGCGCAUUCCCGUCUAUGCGACGCGCCCCGUCAUCGAUCUCGGCCGUACCCUGACGCAGGAUCUCUAUGCCUCGACACCCCUGGCCGCCACCACCAUAUCAUCGGCCUCGCUCGCCCAAGUGUCGUAUGCCUCGGGAUACUCCCAGGCCGCCUCCGCCGAAAACACCUUUCUCCUCCAGCCACCCACUCCCGAGGAGAUCACAAAGUACUUUUCUCUAAUCCAGCCCUUAAAGUACUCUCAGCCACAUCAACCGCUGCCGUCGCCCUUCUCCCCGCCUCUGAACGGACUCACCAUUACCGCCUACAACUCGGGCCGCACCCUCGGAGGAACCAUAUGGCACAUUCAGCAUGGCUUGGAGUCGAUUGUCUACGCCGUCGACUGGAACCAGGCCCGCGAGAACGUGUUUGCCGGCGCUGCUUGGCUAGGUGGAAACCAUGGUGGUGCCGGAGGUACACAGGUGAUUGAGCAGUUGCGCAAGCCAACCGCCCUAGUAUGCAGCAGUCGUACUCCAGACGCCGCCCUACCGCGUGCCAAGCGUGACGAACAACUUAUGGAGUCAAUCAAGCUGUGUAUUGCCAGAGGUGGUACUGUCCUUAUCCCCGUCGACUCGAGCGCCAGAGUAUUAGAGCUAUCAUACCUUCUCGAACACGCCUGGAGAAAAGAGGUCGCCAAGGACAAUGACGUCUUCAAAUCGGCCAAGCUGUUCCUUGCCGGACGCACCAUCAGCAGCACCAUGAAGAAUGCCAGGAGUAUGCUGGAGUGGAUGGACGACAGCAUCAUCAGAGAGUUUGAAGCCUUUGCGGAUGAAUCGAGGAGGAAUAACAGGAGGGAUGAGGGUAAUCACCAGACCGGACCAGGACCAUUCGACUUCAAAUACUUGAGGCUACUUGAGCGCAAGGCACAGAUCGACAAGAUCCUGCAACAGUCGGACGAUGCCGAACCAAGAGCCAAGGUGAUUCUCGCCAGCGACACGAGCCUGGACUGGGGUUUCUCCAAGGAUAUCCUCAAGUCCAUUGCCGCUGAUGCGCGCAACUUGGUCAUUCUAACGGAAAAGCCCAACUUCGAGCCGAACCAAAAACCAUCUAUUUCGAGGACACUAUGGGAGUGGUGGAAAGAGAGGAGGGACGGUGUGGCGACAGAACGCACAAGCAACGGUGACACAUUCGAGCAGGUCUAUGCCGGUAACCGCGAGUUGGAGAUUGAAACCGCCGAACGAAAGGGGCUUGAAGGUGAUGAGCUGAACGUCUAUCAACAAUGGCUGGCAACCCAACGGCAGCUACAAGCUACCCUACAGAGCGGUGGCACCAAUCUAUUAGAAGCACCGGGAGACGUCCUUGACGACGCUGAUUCCGACACCGAUAGCGAGUCAGAAGGCUCUGAUACGGAGCAACAAGGAAAGGCUCUCAAUAUCGCAAACACAAUGGCCCAAGCAAGUCGUAAGAAGGUAGUAUUGAGGGACGAGGAUCUUGGUGUCACCAUCCUCAUCAAGAAAGAAAACGUCUACGACUUCAACGUCCGCGGCACCAAGGGCAGAGACCGCAUGUUCCCCGUCGCCAUGCGUAGGAGACGUGCCGACGAAUUUGGCGAACUCAUCCGACCCGAAGACUACCUCCGCGCUGAAGAACGCGAAGACGCCGAGAAUCAAGAAGCCGGCCAAGUAAACGCCAACAAUCAAGAGCCCGAAGGCCUUGGCAAGAAGCGCAAGUGGGAAGACAUCGGCACCGCCGGCAGAGGCAGAGGCGGCGCGGGGCCUAACAAACGUCCCCACCACCAUGACCGCCGUCGCCUUUCCGCAGGCGAAGCCGACGCUGCUCCCUUUUCCGAGAACGGCCCAGCGGGCGAUGACCUCUCCGAUCUCGAAGACGAAGAGGACGAGACCCUCAACGGCCCCGCCAAGCUGGUAGUCACCAAGGAAACUAUUCCCGUCCGUCUGCGGAUUGCCUUUGUUGACUUCAGCGGCCUCCACGACAAGCGCAGUUUGACCAUGCUCAUCCCACUCAUCCAGCCGCGCAAGCUGGUCCUCGUCGCCGGCGGCAAAGACGAGACCUUGGCCCUGGCCUCGGACGUCAAGAAGUUGCUCACCGCCCAAUCCACCGGUACCGAGUCCGCCAUCGAGGUGCUCACUCCCUCAGUGGGCACAACCGUCGACGCCUCGGUCGACACCAACGCUUGGGUCCUGAAACUAGCCGACCCGCUCGUCAAGGGCCUCAAAUGGCAGAACGUGCGUGGUCUGGGAAUCGUUACCGUCACCGGCCUGCUACUCCCCGGGGGCGAAUUCCAGCCGAUCGAGGUGGACGGUGGCGAUGGAGAUGCAGCAAAGCGCCAGAAACUCGAAGACUCUUCGGAAACUCCAACAACUUCCACAGCCCUAGUAAAAACCGGCACCAAUAUCUCCCCCACCACCGCCUCCCUCCCUACAUUGGACCUCGUCCCGCCAACCCUGGCCUCCUCGUUACGCUCCCAAGCCGCCCAACCUCUACACGUAGGCGAACUACGUCUCGCCGACUUGCGUCGGGCCAUGCUAAGCGCAGGCCACAAGGCCGAGUUCAGGGGAGAAGGAACGCUGUUGAUUGACGAUGUGGUGGUUGUGCGCAAAUCAACAGCUCAGGGAGGCAGGAUCGAGUUGGAGAGCGUGGGAUUGCCGAGUGAUACCAUGCCGGGCACGACGAGUGGUGGAUUGUUGGAUGCGGCCAUGAAAGUGGGUGGCACGUUUUAUGCGGUUAAGAAGAAAAUUUAUGAGGGCUUGGCUGUUGUUGCUGGGGCUUAA